CCGAUAAGAUACAAUAGCUGCUAAAAGGCUCAAAUAGUGAACACUGGAGGAUCAUUAGUUAAUUAUUCCGACCUUUAUCCGGUUGCCCCCUGAAACACAAACAACAGAACCUCUGCUUCGGUCAAUGGAUCUUCUUCAACCUCCUUGUAGCGCUUGCACUUCCCCUCUUCUCCGGCGACUAUCUUCUCUCAAUUCCGUCAACUUCUCUUUGAAUUCCGUCAAAUGCCGCCGCAAAACUACUCCGAAGUUUCAAACUCCCGUCGCCGGCCAAAAUGGUAGCAGCUAUUCUCCCUCAGUUCCCACACAUAAAGUCACCGUUCUCGACCGCCAACGUGGCGUGGUUCACGAAUUCCUCGUCCCCGAGGACCAAUAUAUAUUGCAUACAGCAGAGGCUCAGAACAUUGCGCUUCCAUUCGCUUGCAGGCAUGGAUGUUGUACGAGCUGUGCUGUUCGUGUAAAAUCAGGGCAACUUAGACAACCCGAGGCACUGGGGAUUUCUGCAGAGCUGAAGUCUAAGGGUUAUGCACUUCUUUGUGUGGGAUUUCCGUCAUCUGACCUUGAAGUUGAAACACAGGAUGAAGAUGAGGUAUAUUGGCUUCAAUUUGGGAGAUAUUUUGCUCGAGGACCUAUUGAGAGAGAUGAUUAUGCAUUGGAAUUAGCAAUGGGAGAUGAAUAACCUGUCAAGAGUUUAGACAAUGUGGAGUCAAAAACAAAUGUGUAAUUUUCUUGCCUCUUUGUAUAUAUGGGGUAAUAUGCUCUCCGUUGCCUUUUCCUCAGUGGAUUGGCUGUUCUCUUGUACCGCUAGUAUAAAUGAAUAAAAAUUAAUGUUCUCUUUCUUGUCAGAUAGGUGCCUGCUUAAUGACAUCUUGUUAUGCCCUUAAUGUAUUUGGAGUUUUGAAGAGGGCAUCUGUAUGAGGUGCACUUUCUUCGGAAUGAAUGAGUGUACUUUCUAAUUA